AUUAAUUCGUCCUGGAUCAAAAUUGUUAAAAAAAAAAAAUAAAAAAAUUUAUAAAUGUGUGUAAUGUGUAGUGUAUCCCCUAUUUGACCUAUUUCCCCUCCUCAAUCCACACUCUACAAUCCUGAAUACAACAACAACAACAACAACUACCCACUUUUACUCUUCCUUAGCCUUCUCCCUUUGCUCUUCCAUUCCCACCAGAUUUUUACAUCAAACUCCCUUCCAACUUAAAAUUAAAUCAGAUAAUUAUUUGAAGAUUGAGAAGUUUUGGUAUGAAGACGACAAUGGCACAUCGAAGGAAAAGCUCAGAGGGAAGUGGGGUUUCAGCGUCGAUGCAGAUGGAAUUACGGCGACCUUCGUGCUGCGCCAGACCUGCUUGGCUACUUUCUUCUCUUGCCGAACUAGACCAGAAGAUAAGAAGCUUAGUCCACAGCUCCUAUACUGAGAAUGAACAAGCAGAUACAUUUGCACAAAGAGCAGAAUCAUAUUACCAGCAACGCCCACAAUUGCUAUCACUCCUCUUAGACCUCUACAACUCGUAUCUUUCCUUGGCUGAACGAUACUGUCAAUCGCUACAUAAGCAUCAUAAUCAUCAGCCUAUCGUUCACCACAGGGCGUUUUCCUUGUCUGACAACCUCUCGGCUUCAUCUUUCUAUGAUAAUCAUAGCGAAGAAGACUGCCAAUCGGAGGCUGAAAGCUCGCUUUCCUACCAAGUUUCGUGUAGAUCAGUUUCGGUUGCUAGUCAAUACAAUCAAUGUGAUGAGAUCGUACUUGAGUUAGUCGUCAAAAAUGUUGAAUACAAUCUGUUAGUUGAUGAACUCGGGAUGAUGGAGAGACAGACCCAUGAAUGUUCGAGGAAAAUAGACUUGCAAAGGAGUCUCUUAGAGGUUCUAGAAUCGGAGAGGAUGAUUUUACUGAAUGAGAAUGCGGGAUUGAGGUAUAAGGUUGGUGCGCUAAUUGAAGAGAACAAGGGAUUAGCUUCUGAGUCGAUGUUUAUGAAGAGGAAAGCGGGGGAAUUAGCGAGGUGUGUGUUGAAGAUGAGGGAGGAUCAUCGAGUUUGUAUGUUAAGUCGUAAAAUUGAGGAACUUCAAGGGAAAAUUCAAGGGUUAGAGAAGAGAAACCGAGAGUAUUAUCAAAAGUUGGUGACACGAGAGAAAUUGCAAUGCGUUUCGUGUAAAGAAGGUGGUGGUACGAGUAUGGGUGAAGUGUUGAAGAGCAAAGAUAGCAUCGUCGAGGGUGUGAGCACCGAGACUUGCUUUCAAGGGGAGAAAGAUCAAACAAGUAUCACUAAAAAGAGUGUUAGAAUCUCUAAGUUUUGGGAUAAGGUUAAGAAUUCUGAGUUCUUGUUCCUUUGCAAACCUAAUCCCUCCAAGUCUUUUGGUUAAUGAUCUUAACAAUGCUAGGAUGCUUUUGAAUCUAAGAAAUAGUAUGAUGCUUAUAGUUUGGUAGGGUUUGGGCGUCUCUUUGACCGUAUUCCUCUCGCUCCACCUGAUCCUGCCAUUAAGUGGAAACUGGAUAUGAUUUUAGGGUAUGGUAUAGUUUGAUAGGGUUUAAAUCUCAAUCAUAUGUUGGUGUAUGAGAUUAUGGUGUUAGCUGAGGUUUUUAGGAAAUCAAAUACUUCAAUGUAUGGCAUUGCACCAAGUAUUUAGUAAUUGCAACUAAGUAUUAUAAUCAUAUUUUUUGUACUUGUUUGAUCACUUGCAUCAAUGAUAAAUGGAAAACGAUCACAUUUGCAGU